AAAGCGAUUAGAUCGAAAAUACAACGGGAAGGCCACCAUGGUAACUGUCCAUGGAUAUUAUACGCUAGUUCGUAUAUUUAUGAGCCUUGGACCUGGCCUGUACGCCAUAAUCCUGCUCAUGAAAGGAGUUGAAAUUGAAAGGACCGACAUCAUCGAUCCCGAAGGACGAGUGAGCUCGGUGCCCGCGAAAGAUAUAGCGAAAAUGUAUGAUUUCGUAGUGGUUGGCGGCGGAUCCGCGGGAGCUGCUUUAGCAGCGCGUUUAUCCGAAAUUCCAGAUUGGACAGUUCUUCUGCUGGAAGCUGGCCCCGACGAGCCAGCCCUUACAGACAUACCUCUUAUGUACCCGGUAUUUCAAGGUGGAAUAUACGAUUGGCAAUAUAAGACCGAGCCCUCCGAUCAAUAUUGCCUAUCUAUGGAGAAACAGCAAUGUCAUUGGCCCCGUGCCAAGUGCUUAGGUGGUUGCAGUGUCCUCAAUGCUAUGUUGUAUGUGCGCGGAAACAGACGGGAUUACGAUCGCUGGGCGGAGUUCGGUAACGUCGGGUGGGAUUAUAACAAUGUCCUCUACUACUUCAAAAAGCUGGAAGACAUGCGAAUCCCGGAGCUACAGAACAGUGAAUACCAUAGCGUUGGGGGUCCGAUUUCAGUCGAGUUUUUCAAAUUUGUGACUCCGCUUUUCGACUUUUUCCUUGAAGCUGGACGUGAAUUAAAUUUGCUUAAUUAUUAUAACGACAUGAACGGUGAAAGCCAAACAGGAUUCACACGCGCUCAAGGGUCCAUCCGCGAUGGGCUAAGAUGCAGCUCGGCGAAAGGCUACUUAAGACCAGUGCAUAAACGCCCAAACUUACACAUAUCGCUAAAAUCAUUUGUUCACAAAGUCCAUAUUGACCCAAAUACGAAAAGUGCUACGUCGGUAAAAUUCGAUGUGAUGGGAAUUCAGAAAGAAGUGUUUACCCGCAAAGAAGUUAUUCUCUCGGCCGGUGCCAUUGCAAGUCCACAGUUGUUGAUGUUAUCUGGUGUAGGGCCCAGACGGAUGUUAAGCCAAUUUAACAUUCCAGUAAUCAAAGAUGCUCCCGGCGUCGGAGAGAAUUUGCAGGACCACAUUGCAGCAGGUGGAGCCAGUUACCUCAUUAAUAACGACAUCACCCACCAAAUUCUCUCAUUCAUUAUUCCGAAAAUGUUCAGUAUCCCCAACGUCGACCAUUUCGUGUUUGAUAACAAAGGGCCUUUCUAUGCGAAUCCUCUGUGUGAGAUCAUGGGAUAUUUCAGCACAAAAUACCAAGAUCCAAGCCUUGAUUGGCCGGACGUUCAGCUGUUCAUGGCCAGUUUAGGCUUCAGUUCUGAUGGAGGCUUGUUUGAACUCAUGGGUUCAGGUAUCAGUAUCAACGCUUAUGGAGACGUAUUCGAACCAGUUAUCUAUAGAGACUCCUACACAAUAAUCCCACUAGUCAUGCGACCUAGAAGCCGUGGACGUAUUGUUCUGAAAAGUGCUAAUCCUAAAAUUCAUCCGCGAAUCUAUGCAAAUUAUUUCCAGGAUCCCAUGGAUAUGGCAGUGAUGGUGGAAGGUUUGAAGUUUACCUACCAAGUUUCUCAGACCAGAGUGUUCCAAUACUUGAAUGCCACUUUGAAUCCGUACAUCAGACGAGCCUGUCCCAAUGUGACCUAUUUGAGUGACCCAUUUUGGGAGUGCUUAGCUCGUCAAUUUUCACAGACGAUUUACCAUCCAUCCGGGACUUGCAAAAUGGGAGUUAUGGAGGAUCCUAUGGCAGUGGUGGAUCCCAGACUUCGAGUCUACGGGGUAACGGGGCUACGUGUAGUUGAUGCCAGUAUUAUGCCGACGAUAGUGAGCGGCAAUACCAAUAUUCCGACAAUGAUGAUCGCAGAGAAGGCUGCAGAUAUGAUUAAGGAAGAAUAUUACCAUUACAGUUAUAAACAUUAUGUAUCACAAGGAUAUAUGUAAAUAAAUAAACAAGUUUGUUUUUGUUUA